UUCACGCCUAAUGUUGCUGUACCUCAAACCCUCCCCCCGUAUCAGAGGAGUAGAAACAACAAGCCGCCAUUUUGUUUGUGCGGACAGACCGUCAGAAACAGGAGGAGAUAAGCGAGAGAAGGAGCGACUCCGGCAGCCGACGGUAGCCGCUCCGGGACCCGCCGGGGGAAGAAAGAGCGGUCAAAUCCUGCCCGUGCGACCCAGCGAGAGCCAGCAUCGCGGGGAGGAGGAGGAGGAGGAGAUAAACCGCCGGUGGAGGGAGGAAGAAGAGGAAGAAAAAAAAAAAAAAACUCCGACUCGGUGACAUAUAUAAAUAUUAAAUACAUAUAUGCGUGUGUGAAUGCAUGAGAAGGAAAUACUCCGAGAAAUCCGAGGAAGGGGGUGUUUUGCGGAGCGGAGAGACGGGGAGGAGAGGCGGAAGAGAGCGGUGUAUCAUACCGAGGAGAAAACCUGCGAAAAAGGGGGAAAACAGCAACAUGAAAAAUCAUUAUGUGUCCGUCGCGGAGGAAGGAAAGAGCCCGCAUAGACAAUUAUAUAAAUAAAUUGCUGCCGGGCAGAAGGGAGAGGUGGAAAGAAAGACGGGUCUGAAGCGAAGGGGGGCUUUCACCAUCACAAAGAGUCAAUGAGAGGAUUUUUGUCAACCCGAAACAUUUAAAGGGGGGGCUGUCAACAUUAUUGUUUCCGCUUUUGGAAAUAGCCAUAAUUUCUCUGCAAAUCGCCGUCUUUUUUCUUUUUUUUUUUACCUACAAAACCACAUUGUGCUCUUUUUGAGCUCUCUCCUCUUUUUCCCCCCCUCCUGCUUGCGAUCAAGACAUCCUGUAAAAGCAGGUAAAAAUUUUUUGAGUGUCUUCUCAUGCUUUUCAUCGUCAUCAUCUGAGAUUUGAAGUGUUAAAAAACCCCCGAGCGGAGGAGGAGAAGGAGGAGGAGGAGGAACCUCUACGGGAGCACAAGAUAAGUAACCCAACAGACCGUCCUCUGCAAAUAUAAAACUAAUUGGAUCAAUCUGACCGCUCACUGAUUGGCAAUCAGCGCUGCGAUUGCCUGCACGAACUGGAACGUCAGAGAAAUCUCUCACAUUUCCUGCAGAUCUUCUUCAAGGAGCCUUUUCUUCGUCUUUUUUUUUUCCUGCAAAGGGACUGCAUCAACCAAAUGUGCAAUAAAUAAUACGACUCCCCUCCUUUCUGACCCAGUGCCUUGCAUGGUCCAAACACUUAAGUGCACAGUUUAAAGUCAGCAUGCAAAAGAAGAGAAGUCCUGCACGGAAACAAACACCUGCGCUAGUUUUUACCUGAGUGAGUGCAAGUGUUUUCAUCUCUCCCUGCAGAACUGUUAUGACACUAUUUAUUCAGUUAAGCCAAUGCAAGUUCUCAGUGUUGCACCUGAGAGCACCGCCAAUGCUUUAAGUGCAUUUUAAAGCUGCACACCGGUUCACUGCCUUUUUUUUUCUCUCUAAUCCCACUCUUUCUUGCAUUGGAGACAGCAGUGAGAUGUCUGGUCAGGUGAGAGAAAUGGUCAAUGCAACUUAGGAUCUCAGAACUGUUGCACGAGUGAGCGGCUUCUCGGAGGUGCCUCGGGAUCCGGAUUGCCAUCGCGGAGACUCCUCGCCCCUCGGAGCUGAAGUUAAAAGGCUUUCUCCGCCGGCUAUGGCGGACGGCUCGGAGGACGGGUCUUGGGACGGUUCGUGCGUCGCAGAAGAGGCUACAUGAGGUUGUCAAGAGGGCCGCUCGCUUGCCUUUUUCGCCGACUCCACCUUCCCACCUCCCCCUGUUCAAAUCUGCGAAGAAACACAAUCUCCGGCAGGGGAGGGGGACUGAUAACUGCAGAGGGGGAAUAAACCGAGAGGGAAGAAGUGAGGGAAGAGUUCCACACUGCCGUCCUCUCCCCUACCGUCCCCCCCGAGCGGUGGGGGAAACGUUUCCUGACGGGAGAAGGAGACGCAAACCAGGGAAGCAAAGUUUGCCCUCCGUGGAUCUACACCUAUUUUUUUUUUUUUUUUAAUUCGUCAAAAAUAUGGCCGAUAAUGUCCUGGAGUCCGGCCCGCCUUCAGCCAAGAGGCCCAAGCUGUCCUCUCCAGCACUUUCGGUGUCUGCCAGUGACGGAAAUGAUUUUGGCUCGCUCUUCGAUCUGGAGCACGACCUGCCAGACGAGCUCAUCAGUUCUUCAGACCUGGGACUGACCAAUGGAGGAGAUGUCAGCCAGCUUCAUACCAGUCUGGGGGGCCUUGGAGGAGUGCUCGGCGGCGGCGGCGGGGGCCAGGACGCCGCAGCCAAACACAAACAGCUAUCAGAACUCUUGCGCGCAGGAGCACCGACCCAGCAGGGUGGUCCUGCUUCCAAUAGCACACCGUCCGGGGCUUCCAUGGGGAUGAUGGGGGGUGUCGGUGUCACACCCGGUGGACCUCAAGGAAUGCCCCACCAGGGGCAGCAGCAGCAGCAACCUGGAUUAAUGCAGCAGGUUGGGAUGGUUGGAGGCGUGGCGGCGCUCAACCGGGCGGCAGCCAUGAUGGGUGCCCAGAAGGGCAGCACGGGACCGCAGCAGCAGGGGCUGAUGGGAGGUCAGGUUGUGAAUGGCGCUCCUAGAAUGGGGUACCCCGGGAGUGCUGGCAUGGGGAGCAAUAGUAACCUUUUGGCAGAAACCCUACAGCAGCAGCAGCAGGGUGGCCAGCAAAUGGGGGGUGGGGGUCAGGCGGGGAUGAGACCGCAGCAACCUGGAGCACUGAACAAGAUGAAUAUGAUGGCUAAUGCGGGCCCCUAUGGUGGUCCGUACGGCCAGCCCGCUGGCCAGGGGCUGCCGGGAGCAGGGCUGGGCCCUCAGCUCCAGAAUAAGGCGGGCCUGCCCAACAAUAUGGCCGCCCAGUUCAACAUGGACAAGAAGGCAGCACCGGGUCAAGGCAUGCCUGGAAUGACUCCUCAGCAGCCUGGAGCCGUGGGCGGCUUACCGGUCGGCGGGGCGGCGGCGGUGGGAGGAGCCCAGGUUGGACUCAGUGCGGUCGGGGCAGGACCCGGCACGACGCCUCCCACGGCGGACCCCGAGAAACGGAAGUUGAUUCAACAGCAGCUGGUGCUGCUGCUCCACGCGCACAAGUGCCAGCGGAGAGAGCAGGCCAACGGGGAAGUGCGGCAGUGCAACCUGCCUCACUGCCGCACCAUGAAGAACGUGCUCAACCACAUGACUCAUUGCCAGGCUGGCAAAUCCUGCCAGGUGGCGCACUGUGCCUCAUCCAGACAGAUCAUCUCUCAUUGGAAGAAUUGCACACGACACGACUGUCCUGUAUGCCUGCCACUUAAAAACGCCGGAGACAAGAGGAACCAGCAGUCGCUCAUCAACAGUGCAGGCGUGGGUUUGGUGAACUCUCUCGGUUCGGGGGUGCCGGGAGCACAGUCCAACACGCCGAACUUGAAUCCUGCCAACCAGAUCGACCCCAGCUCGAUCGAGAGGGCCUACGCCGCACUGGGCCUCACCUACCAGGGCAACCAGAUGCCACAGCAGCCGCCUCAGGCCAACAUGCCAAACCAGGGGCUGCAGGGGCAGCCGGGCAUGAGGAACCUCAACGCCAUGGGAGGAAACUCUAUGGGAGUCAAUGGGGGAGUGGGAGUGCAACCCCCAAACCAGCAGUCCAACCUACUGCCAGACGCCAUGUUGCACAACAUGAAUGCACAAAGCUUAAUGAACGACAGCGUGGGGAACCUGGGCUCCAUGCCCACAGCUGGUCCUCCCUCUGCUGCCAGCAUUCGGAAGUCUUGGCAUGAAGACAUCACACAAGACCUCCGUAACCACCUCGUCCACAAGCUUGUGCAGGCCAUCUUCCCCACUCCUGACCCAGCUGCACUGAAGGACCGGCGGAUGGAAAAUUUGGUGGCUUACGCUCGAAAAGUGGAAGGGGACAUGUACGAGUCGGCCAAUAGUAGGGCGGAGUACUACCACCUGCUGGCAGAGAAGAUUUACAAAAUCCAAAAGGAGCUGGAAGAGAAGAGGAGGACGCGGCUCCAGAAGCAGGGCAUGAUGCCCGGCCAGCCCGGCAUCCCCUCCUCCGGCCUCCCACAGGGGCCUCCCGGCAUGGGGCAGCCCCCCAUGCCCCCGGGCCAGCCUCCCAAUGGACCUCACGUCGAUCCCUCCAUGGUCAGACCAGCUGGACCCAAUCAGAUGGUCAACAGGAUGCAGAAUCCAGCAGGGAUGAACCAGUUUGGUCAGAUGGGGAUGCAGUCGAUGGGUCAGAGGUCAACGCCACCUCUUCCUCUUAAUCCCUCAAUGAACCAGAUGGGUAUGGGAGGAACACGGAUGAAUCAGCCUAAUGCCGCGCAGCUACAAAACCAGUACCUCCCUCAAGGCCAGUUUCCCGGGUCCAGUCCUGGACUUGGUUCUGGUCCGGUUGGUAUGAACCAGCAAGGAGUACCGCCCUCCGUGCCACAGCAGAACCAGAUGUCAACGCCGCCGUCCCUCCCAGCCAGCAGUCCCGCAGCCCAGUCUGCCCCCUCUGCUCCGGGCCCCGGGGCCCCCACAGGCCCCCUGGGCUCGGCUAAUGCCUGCAGCACUGGGCCCCUACCCAGCCUGCCUCCAUCCUCCAACUCCGCCCAGCCCAGCUCCUUCCCCCACUGCCCGCCCAUCCGGACCAACUCCCCCUCACCAGCACGCAGCCUAACGCCUCAGCCUCAUCACACGCCCCCGACGUUACCGCGCUCUCAGACGCCUCAGCCACACACGCCUAGCACGCCCCAGCUGCCUCCUCCUCCUCCACAGCAGCAGCAGCAGCAGCAGCAACAACAACAAGCCUCGCAGCAGCAGCCGUCAGGGCAAGCUGCAAACUCGGAGAAAGCCGGUCAGCUUCCACAGCAGCCGCUCGGGGGUCCGGCUUCUUCGGGACCUCAAGCAGGUCAAACGUCUUCAGUGCCGACCCAGAACACUCACGUGCCAUUACAGCUGCCGCAGACCCCGUUGUCUCCGAAGGCGCCUUUGACAGCAGACGGUCAGGUUUCCUCGCCGGCUUCGGUCACGAGCAGCACUGAGCCCGCCUCGCAGCUCGCCGCCGCAGACGGUCCCACCCCCAACCAGGAGGACGUCAAAAUGGAGGUGAAGAAGCAAGAGGAGGAGGACGAAGACGUCGACGCUCAAGACGAGGGGAAGGGGAAGAUGGGAAAGGGCCAGUCUGGCGUGAAGGUGGAGGAAAAACCAGAGCAGGUGAAGAACGAGAAGCCGUCAGUGGACGGGUGUAAGAUCGAGCCGAUGGACACGUCUUCGUCGUCUGUGCCGUCAUCCGAAGAUCCGGCCGAAGACAAGAAGCCCGAGGUGAAGAAGGAGCCCAAAGAGGAAGAGGAGGGGUCAGGGUCAGCAGCCAGCAACAGCUCCCCCGCCAGCACUCAGAGCAAGAAGAAAGUCUUUAAGCCGGAGGAGCUGCGUCAGGCUCUGAUGCCGACCCUGGAGGCUCUGUACCGGCAGGACCCUGAAUCCCUUCCCUUCCGUCAGCCGGUGGACCCCCAGUUACUGGGAAUACCCGACUACUUUGACAUCGUCAAGAACCCCAUGGACUUGUCCACCAUCAAGCGGAAGCUGGACACGGGACAGUACCAAGAGCCGUGGCAGUACGUUGAAGACAUUUGGUUGAUGUUCAACAACGCCUGGCUGUACAACAGGAAGACGUCCCGCGUCUACAAGUACUGCUCCAAGCUGGCGGAGGUGUUUGAGGCGGAGAUCGACCCUGUCAUGCAGGGCCUGGGGUACUGCUGUGGGAGAAAGUUUGAGUUUUCCCCCCAAACUCUUUGCUGCUACGGAAAACAAUUAUGCACCAUCCAACGCGACGCUGCUUAUUUUAGCUACCAGAACAGGUACCACUUCUGUGAGAAGUGUUUCAACGAAAUCCAAGGCGAGAGUGUUUCCCUGGGGGAUGACCCCUCCCAGCCCCAAACGUCCAUCAACAAAGACCAGUUCCAGAGAAAGAAGAACGACACUCUCGACCCAGAGCUACUUGUGGAAUGUACCGACUGCGGUCGUAAAAUGCACCAGAUCUGCGUCCUCCAUAAUGAUACCAUAUGGCCGUCAGGCUUUGUGUGUGACAACUGCCUCAAAAAGGCCAAUAAGACGCGGAAAGAGAACAAAUACGCAGCCAAAAGACUUCCUCAGACAAAGCUGGGGAGCUAUUUGGAGUCGCGAGUGAAUGACUACCUCAAGCGGCAGAGUCACCCCGAGUCGGGCGAGGUCACCAUCCGCGUGGUCCACGUUUCAGACAAGGUGGUGGAGGUGAAGCCGGGCAUGAAGUCCAGGUUUGUGGACAGUGGCGAGAUGGCCGAGUCGUUCCCGUACAGGAUGAAAGCCUUGUUUGCGUUUGAGGACAUCGACGGCGCGGACGUGUGUUUCUUCGGGAUGCACGUCCAGGAGUACGGCUCAGACUGUCCGCCUCCUAAUCAGAGGCGGGUGUACAUCUCGUACCUGGACAGCGUGCACUUCUUCAAACCUCGACACCUCAGGACUGCUGUCUACCACGAGAUCCUGCUGGGCUACCUGGAGUACGUCAAAAGGCUCGGGUUUACUACGGGUCAUAUCUGGGCCUGUCCUCCCAGUGAGGGCGACGACUACAUCUUCCACUGUCACCCGAUGGACCAGAAGAUCCCAAAGCCCAAACGCCUUCAGGAGUGGUACAAAAAGAUGCUGGACAAGGCCGUUUCCGAGCGCAUUGUUCACGAUUACAAGGACAUCUUCAAACAGGCGACAGAAGACCGGCUGACCAGUGCCAAGGAGCUUCCAUAUUUCGAGGGCGAUUUCUGGCCCAACGUGCUGGAGGAGAGCAUCAAGGAGCUGGAGCAGGAGGAGGAGGAGAGGAAACGGGAGGAGAACAGCACCUCCAACGAAUGCACUGAUGCCACUAAAGGAGACAGCAAGAAUGCCAAAAAGAAGAACAACAAGAAAACAAGCAAGAACAAGAGCAGCUUGAGCCGAGCCAAUAAGAAGAAGCCAGGGAUGCCCAACGUUUCCAACGACCUUUCCCAGAAACUCUACGCCACAAUGGAGAAACAUAAGGAGGUCUUCUUUGUCAUCCGCCUCAUCGCCGGCCCCACCGCCAACUCGCUGCCCCCCAUCACCGACUCGGACCCCCUGAUGGCCUGCGACCUGAUGGACGGCCGCGACGCCUUCCUGACGCUGGCUCGGGACAAGCACUUGGAGUUCAGCUCCCUCCGGAGGUCCAAGUGGAGCUCCAUGUGCAUGCUGGUGGAGCUGCACAACCAGAGCCAGGACCGCUUCGUGUACACCUGCAACGAGUGCAAGCACCACGUGGAGACGCGCUUCCACUGCACCGUCUGCGAGGACUAUGACUUGUGCAUCACCUGCUACAACACCAAAGGUCACGAGCACAAGAUGGAUAAACUGGGUCUCGGUCUGGACGACGACAGCAACAACCAGUCAGCGGCGGCCACGCAGAGCCCCGGGGACUCUCGCCGCCUCAGCAUCCAGCGCUGCAUCCAGUCCCUGGUGCACGCCUGCCAGUGUCGCAACGCCAACUGCUCCCUGCCGUCCUGCCAGAAGAUGAAGCGCGUCGUUCAGCACACCAAGGGUUGCAAGCGCAAGACGAAUGGCGGCUGUCCCAUCUGCAAGCAGCUCAUCGCCCUGUGCUGCUACCACGCCAAGCACUGUCAGGAGAACAAGUGUCCCGUCCCGUUCUGCCUGAACAUCAAGCAGAAGCUCCGGCAGCAGCAGCUGCAGCACCGGCUCCAGCAGGCCCAGAUGCUGCGGCGGAGGGUGGCCAGCAUGCAGCGGGUGGGGCAGCCGGCGGGGGGACCGCCGGGAGGGCCCAUGGUGGGGCUUCCGUCCCCGGGAAACGGCGUCACCACGGCGCCCAGCACCCCGACGUCUGUUGGAACCCAACCUCCAACUCCACAGACCCCAACUCAGACCCUGCCUCCGGUCCCUCAGCAGGGGAUGGGUCCUGGACCUGGAGCGCAGCAGCAGCAGCAGCAGCAGCAGCCACCGCCAGGCGGGAUGCCUCCUCAACACCCCCUCCAUCACCAGUACCAGCAGAUGGCAGGCGGAGGCGGCGGGUCAGGAGGGAUGAUGAAUUCACCUCAACAUCAGCAGCAAAUGCUUCCUCAGGUCCAGCAGCAGCAGCAGCAGCAGCAGCAGGGUGGACCUGGACCUGGACCCAGCCCCCAGCAGCUCCAGCAGCACCCCAACAGUUUGCCCCCGUACGGCAGCAGACCCCCGGGCUCCUCUCCGAUGCACCAGUCCCAGGGAAAACCGGUCCUGGGCUCGGCCACGCCUCCCCAGCAGCAGCCCGGCGGUCCCGUCAUGCCCGGAAACGUCGGCGGGCCGCAGCUUCCCAACCAGCCGCAGGGUCAGCCCCCUCUUUCGCAGCAGCAGCAGCAGCAGCAGGCGCCCUCCGGUCCUCCCCCAGCGGCGGUGGAGAUCGCCAUGAAGAUCCAGCAGGUGGCCGACGCCCAGAGGAAGAUGGCGCUGCAGAGGCAAGCCGCCCAGGCGGCUGCGGGCCUCAUGCCCCCUCACCCCCACCACCAACAGGGGCAAGGCCAGCAGAUGGGCAUGGGUCACCCCGGGGCAGGGGGGAUGGUCGGGUCUCAGGGGAUGCCGCCGCAGACCCCCGCAGCCGUGGCUGCUGCCCGGGCCCACAUGGACCAGCAGCAGAGCGCCCCUCCGGGGAUGAUGGUCGGCGCCGGUGGGCCCAUGCAGCAGCCCCAGCAGGGUAACCUGCCACAAGGCCAGCUGCCCCCUCAGGUGCAGCUGCAGCAGCAAAGGAUGGGCGCCCCGCUCCAGAACCCCCAGCAGCAGCAGCAGCAGCAGUGGGCGGGUCCGGGGAUGGCACCCCAGCAAAGGCAAGCUAUGAUGAACCAAAUGGGCCAUCCCGCCAUGAUGGCAGCUCAGCACCAUCAGCAGCAGCAGCAGCAGCACCAACAGGCUCAGGGCCACGCUGCCUUGAUGAAUAUGGCGCAGCAGCAGCAGCAAGGUGGUGCUGGCGGCGGGGUCGCAGGGGGAGCCGUUCCCGGGGCUGGCGGUAUUGCAGGACUCACCGCCGGUGGGAACAUCCCCCAGGCAGCCCUCCAGGAGCUCCUGCGGACCCUCCGCUCGCCCAGCUCGCCGCUUCAGCAACAGCAAGUCCUCAACAUCUUGCGGUCGAACCCACAACUCAUGGCUGCGUUCAUUAAGCAGAGGGCCUCCAAGUACAAAGGCGGGCAAGGCGGUCCUGGUGGGCCAGGAGGUGUUCCAGGAGGGGUCCCAGGAGGUCCAGGUUCCACUGGGGGUCCGGUUGGAAACGUCAUUCCCGCCGGGGUCCAGCAGGUGAACAUGAAUGCUGCAGGUGCCGGACAGCCAGGCAUGCACAUGGGGGGCCAGGGAGGAACGAACGUCAACAUGGCUGCCAUGGCUCAGCUGCAGCAGCAGCAGCAGCUGCAGCAGCAGCAGCUACAACAACAACAGCAGCAGCAGCAGCAGCAGAGACCGAUGCUCAGUGGUUUACAACAGCAGCAAGUUGCAGCUCUGCAGCAGCAACAGCAGCAACAACAAGGGGUAGGAAGAGGAAUGCAGAGCCAGGGGCCGCAGAUGGGAAAUCUCAACGGCCCGCAGUUCAGAGAGCUGCUGAUGAGACGACAUUUCCAACAACAACAGCAGCAGCAGCAACAACAACAGCAGCAGCCGCAGCAGCAGCAGAUGGUGAAUCACGGUCAGUUCCAGCAGCCGCAGCCGCCACAAGGUCAGGGAUUCAUGGGACAGCCUGGGAUGCAGCCUCCCACGGUGGGGCAGGGACCCCCGCCUCAGCAGCCCGGAGGCCCCUCGGGCCCCCAGGGCCAAGGUUACCCGGGGUCGGUGGCCCAGCAGCAGGCCACCGCCGCGCUCCAGCAGAGGCUGCAGCACCAGCACCACCUCCAGAUGCAGCAGCAGAACAGCAUGGCCGGCCUUCAAGGCGGAGACGGGGGGCCGGGUGGUGGGGGCGCGCCGCAGCCGCCUCAGGGCCCUCAGCCCCCACAGGGCGGUCCCCCGCCUCCAUCUUCUCAGGCGCUGCUCCAACAGGCUCUCCAUCAGAGGCUGCUGCAGCAGCAGCAGCAGCACCUGGGCUCCGGGGGGUCACCAGCACAGCACAGCAAUCCCAUGAGCCCCCAGCAGCCGCAGCAGAUGGCGCAGUCCCCGCACCCCCACCUGCAGGGCCAGGCGCUGCCCACCUCCCUGGCCAACCAGGUGCGGUCGCCGCAGCCGUCGCCGCGGCCGCAGUCCCAGCCGCCGCACUCCAGCCCGUCGCCGCGCAUGCAGCCUCAGCCCUCGCCGCACCACAUCUCCCCCCAGAUGCAGACGGGGUCGCCGCACCCGAGCCACCUGAACCAGCACCACCCGGGGAUGGUGGUCCCCCCCCAGCAGCAGCAGCAGCAGCAGCAGCCCGCCUCCCAGCAGCAGCAGCAGCAGAGCGCUUUAGAUCAGUUCGGAUCGGACCAGAGCGCCAUGCUGUCUCAGCUGAGCGGCAUGGCGGGUCUGCACGGGCCGGGGGGCAACGGCCAGGACCCCAUGGGCCAGAACAUGAACCACAACCCCCUAGACAUCAUGUAGAACUCCUCCGUAUGGACGCUCGGUGGUUCUUCGCACAAACUGCACUCACCCAGGACAGUGUUAUUGUUAUUACUUAGCCUUUUUUUUUAUACUAUUAUUAAAUGUUAUUUAAAAUGUUUUCAAUAAAGAUGCAUUGAACUGAACUUCCUAUGGGAGAUGAACAAUAAAUCAAGCAGUCGUUAAAUGAAUUAGUAUAAAUGAAUCGUAAGUUAUUGCUGUUAAUAUAUUUUUUUGCCAAUAGUGGACAAAGUGGGGGGGCGGCGGGUUUCUCUUGCGCCGCUCCCCCCCCACCACCUCCACCUCUUGCAGAAUACUAGAAAGUUGAUAUUUUUGGGGGGUUCGGAAGGGGCCUACAUAGAAGUACUUGCCUUUUUUAAGAAAUGUUUUUAAGAUUUUAAAAAGUGGUCAAGAAUUUAAAGAGAAAGUGAUUUAAUGCAAAGAACUUUUUUAAUGGGUUUUCGUUGCGCAUCAUUCAGUCUGUCCAUUUCUGUUUCACAGAGUGAUGUGGAUUCUUAUCAGUGUCAGUCCAAACAUGAUGCAUAUCUUCCUUAUUGAGAUGUUUGGGUUCGCUUUAUUUAUUUUUGUUUCCUGGGGGGGUGAGGAGGCGUCACGUUGCCCCCCCGGGACUGCUACGAUUCGAAUAGAAAUCUAUUUUUGUUAUUGACUGUUAAGAUGGGUCGGGAGGGGUUAGUGAAUCUGUUAUUUCACUUUAGAUGUCUUUAGUUGGGGGUCUGUCCAGGUGGGAGUCCACGUCAGUGUUUUUUUUUUUUUUUUUGCUUGAGGGUCUCGCUCCAGAUGGACUUAUUUUUGACAUCCUGGCCGACUUCUGUAUGGGACAUCAGCCAUGCUGUAAGAAGGGACGCCCCCCACCCCCCCCCCAUAUCGCGAAACAUGCGCGCCCUCUCCCUCGAAUGUGUGUGCACUCCUUCCUUAUCAAAGACACUCAGUGCGGAGCAGCGGAGGCCUGGGGAGGGGCGGCGCAUACCUGUGUGCCUGUAACAUUUUGAGUACAUGGGCUGGGAUGUGAAGUUAAAACAAAACUGAAAAAAGAAGAAAAAAAAAAAAAAGAGGGUGGGGUGGGCUCCUUCUAGUGUUUUUAGGAUU